AUGGCAGCCUUAAACUCUAGCAUCGCUCUGUCCUCUACAUUUUAUCUUACAGGUAUCCUUGGCUAUGAGGAAUACCACCAUUUGAUUUCUAUCCCUUUUUGUCUCCUCUGUCUUAUUGGAAUAAUGGGUAACUGCACUAUCCUGCAUAUUGUCCGAACAGAUACCAGGCUCCAUGAGCCCAUGUACUACUUCCUGGCCAUGCUUUCUCUCACUGAUAUGUGCAUGUCCACACCCACAAUGAUAACACUUUUCAGAGUUUUAUGGUCCAUUUCCAGGGAAAUUCAGUUUGAAGUAUGUGUAGUCCAAAUGUUUUUAAUUCAUACCUUUUCCUUCACUGAGUCAUCUGUGCUCUUAGCCAUGGCAAUUGACCGGUACGUGGCUAUCUGCUAUCCUCUGAGAUAUGCUACCAUUCUGACCCCAAGACUAAUCAUCAAAAUAGGAAUUGCAUCUCUUCUUAGGAGUUCCUUGCCUUUGGUUCCACUCCUGGUCCGACUUUCCUUCUUACCAUUCUGCCGUUCUCAUAUCCUGUCUCAUUCCUAUUGUCUGCAUCAGGAUAUCAUUCGUCUUGCCUGUGCUGAUAUAAAAUUCAAUGUUAUAUAUGGAUUGGGUGUUGUUAUUGUGCUGUGGGGAAUAGAUUGCUUGGGUAUUUUCGUGUCUUAUGUAUUUAUUCUUCACUCUGUAUUAAAGAUUUCAUCGCGAGAGGGGAGGUUUAAGGCACUCAACACAUGUGCAUCUCACAUCUGUGCUGUACUCAUUUUGUAUGUUCCGAUGAUUGGACUAUCUAUUAUUCAUCGUUUUGCUAAACACUCCUCCCCCCUGAUCCAUAUAUUUAUGGCUCAUGUCUACUUAUUUAUUCCACCUGUACUUAACCCAAUCAUCUACAGUGUGAAAACCAAGCAGAUCCGCCAAGGAAUGGUGCAUUUGUUUCUCCCUAAAAAAUUUGGAUCUUCGUUGAGAUAG